GCUGUGCGCAUCGGUGGCUUUAGCGUGUUCAGAGGUGUGCAGCCAUCGCCUGUCCAGCUCCAGAACAUUCCCGUAUCCCCCAUAGGAGCCUGGCCCCCAUCAGCAGUCACCCCCCACCCGGUCCCCAAGAGUCCCCUCCCCGUCCGUGGAGGAGCCGGUCCUGCACGUGUCACACACACGAACUCACACCCUGCGGGGCCUCCUGUGUCUGGUUCCUUCCCUGAGCACCAGGGACUCGGGGCCCAUCCCUGGGGCAGUACGUGGGCGCCUCACUCCUGCUCACGGCCUAGGGAUGUGCUCGUGCGUGGGGAACAGUGUGUAUCUGCUCGUCCGCCGACGGACAUUGGGGUCGUUUAUACCUUCUGGCUGCUGUGAACUGUGCUGUGAACACGCACAUGGGUUCACGUGGAUGCGCAUGUCGCUUCUCCUGGGCGGUGAGCGGCAUCAAGACGCUGUACGAGUCGGAGCUGGCUGAUGCCCGCAGGGUGCUGGAUGAGACGGCGCGGGAGCGGGCCCGGCUGCAGAUCGAACUGGGGAAACUGAGGGCCGAGCUGGAGGAGGCGAACAAGAGCUCCAAGAAGAGGGAGGGCGAGCUCACCGUGGCCCAGGGCCGCGUGAAGGAUCUGGAGUCCCUCUUUCACCGGAGUGAGGCGGAGCUGGCUGCCGCCCUCAGCGACAAGCGCGUCCUGGAGAGUGACCUGGCAGAGCUGCGCGCCCAGCUGGCCAAGGCGGAGGAUGGUCAUGCCGUGGCCAAAAAGCAGCUGGAGAAGGAGACGCUGAUGCGCGUGGAUCUGGAGAACCGCUGCCAGAGCCUGCAGGAGGAGCUCGACUUCCGGAAGAACGUCUUUGAGGAGGAGGUGCGGGAGACCCGGCGGCGGCACGAGCGGCGUCUGGUGGAGGUGGACAGCAGCCGGCAGCAGGAGUACGACUUCAGGAUGGCUCAGGCGCUGGAGGAGCUGCGCAGCCAGCAUGACGAGCAAGUGCGGCUGUACAAGCUGGAGCUGGAGCAGACCUACCAGGCCAAGCUGGACAGCGCCAAGCUGAGCUCUGACCAGAACGACAAGGCCGCCAGCGCUGCCCGGGAGGAGCUGAAGGAAGCCCGCAUGCGGCUGGAGUCCCUCAGCUACCAGCUCUCCGGCCUCCAGAAGCAGGCCAGCGCAGCAGAGGACCGGAUUCGUGAGCUGGAGGAGACCAUGGCCGGGGAGCGGGACAAGUUCCGCAAGAUGCUGGACGCCAAGGAGCAGGAGAUGACAGAGAUGCGGGACGUGAUGCAGCAGCAGCUGGCCGAGUACCAGGAGCUGCUCGACGUCAAGCUGGCCCUAGACAUGGAGAUCAGCGCCUACCGCAAGCUGCUGGAGGGCGAGGAGGAGAGGCUGAAGCUGACCCCCAGCCCGUCGUCACGGAUCACUGUAUCGCGGGCCACGUCGAGCAGCAGCAGCAGCAGCGUGUCCACGGCCGGCCGCUCGGGCCGCAGCAAGCGGAAGCGGCUGGAGGCGGAGGAGUCGCCGGGCCCCGGCUCGAGCGGCAUCGGCUCCGGCAGCAGCAGCAGCAGCACCACCAGCUUCCACCUGGCGCAGCAGGCCUCGGCCUCGGGCGGCGUCAGCAUCGAGGAGAUCGACCUGGAGGGCAGGUUCGUGCAGCUGAAGAACAGCUCGGACAAGGACCAGUCUCUGGGCAACUGGAGGAUCAAGAGGCAGGUCCUGGAAGGGGAGGAGAUCGCCUACAAGUUCACGCCCAAGUACGUGCUGCGUGCCGGCCAGACUGUCACGGUGUGGGCAGCUGGCGCGGGAGUGGCCCACAGCCCCCCCUCGACGCUCGUGUGGAAGACCCAGAACAGCUGGGGCACUGGCGAGAGCUUCCGGACUGUCCUGGUCAACGCUGAUGGGGAGGAAGUGGCCAUGAGAACCGUGAAGCAGUCCUCGGUGGUGCGGGAGACGGAGAACGGGGAGGAGGGAGAAGAGGAGACAGCGGAGUUUGGCGAGGAGGAUCUUUUCCAUCAGCAGGGGGACCCCAGGACCACCUCGCGAGGCUGCCGCGUGAUGUGAACGGAACUCGCCUCAUGGCUCGUCUUUUUUCACUCAGCCACUGAAAACUAUUUUUAUAUCAUUGGCUGUCUUUAGUCCUU